GACGUCAGCAGCUCGAUCGGAGAGCUGUCAGAGAGCGCGCCAGGACUGCGGAGGCGAGCGGACCGACACAUCUGCAAAAGAAAAGUUUCUCCGGAGGGCUUCUGGGGUAGGAGCGGGGGAAGUAAGUUAAUGCAUCUAAUGCUGGGCGUCGGAGCAACAAAAACACACCUGCAGCUGAACUCGAGGAAGUGUCGUAGAAAGGAGGAGUCAGCCGCGUAUACAGAUCUAUGCAACAUUUAUCGGGCCUUGAGUGGCGAUGGAUGAGUUGCUGGUGGUCGCCGGGAGCUUCGUGGUUUUCCAGCUUAUGUUUGUCCUGGCCAGUCCGCUCCUCACGGCCCUCUUCUGCCAGGGAUACGGGAACGUGGUGCCAGCCAAGCACACAGAGUGGAAUUCCAGGUUAGUGUCGACGGUCCACGCUCUGAUCGUGGGGACGUUCUGUCUGUACAUCCUGUGGUUCGAUGACGCUGUGAACAAGGAUCCCGUCUGGGGAGAGCCCCGGCUGGUCAAGCUCAACGUUGCCAUUACCUGCGGCUACCUCGUCUAUGAUUUGUUGCUGCUUGCCCGGUACUGGAAGACCAUGGGGGAUGGGUUUUUCGUCUGCCAUCACAUUGCUGCGCUCUACGCCUAUGGGUUUGUCCUGAGUCGGGGGGUGCUGCCAUAUUUUGCGAAUUUCAGGCUCCUGUCGGAGCUGUCGACCCCCUUUGUGAACCAGCGGUGGUUCUUCGAGGCCCUGUCCGUGCCCCGCUCGGACCGUCGGGUGGUCCUGAACGGCAUCGCCAUGUCGGUGGUCUUCUUCGCGGUGCGCAUCGCCGUCAUCCCCACCUAUUACUGGCGGGUGAUUUCCACCCUGGGGACCCCGGCCUUCGAGAGGCUGGGCCCGGGGCCGCAGGUGGCCUGGAUCCUGUCCAGCGUGAGCCUGGACGUCCUCAACGCCAUCUGGAUGUACCGCAUCGCUCGGGGCUGCUACCGCGUGGUCACGGGAUCCGGGAGGAAAGCCAAGAGCCUGAUCCCCAUCACCGACACAAACAACCAUGCUGACUGAGAGAGCCCAACACCACUGCCCUCGCCAUGCCCCUCCACACCCCCGAGGGCAUCACACUGACUGAGAGAGCCCAACACCACUGCCCUCGCCAUGCCCCCUCCACACCCCCGAGGGCAUCACACUGACUGAGAGAGCCCAACACCACUGCCCUCGCUGUGCCCCUCCACACCCCCCGAGGGCAUCACACUGACUGAGAGAGCCCAACACCACUGCCCUCGCUGUGCCCCCUCCACACCCCCCGAGGGCAUCACACUGACUGAGAGAGCCCAACACCACUGCCCUCGCUGUGCCCCCUCCACACCCCCCGAGGGCAUCACACUGACUGAGAGAGCCCAACACCACUGCCCUCGCUGUGCCCCCUCCACACCCCCCGAGGGCAUCACGCUGACUGAGAGAGCCCAACACCACUGCCCUCGCUGUGCCCCCUCCACACCCCCCGAGGGCAUCACACUGACUGAGAGAGCACAACACCACUGCCCUCGCCGUGCCCCUCCACACCCCCCGAGGGCAUCACACUGACUGAGAGCCCAACACCACUGCCCUCGCUGUGCCCCCUCCACACCCCCCCGAGGGCAUCACAUUGACUGAGAGAGCCCAACACCACUGCCCUCGCUGUGCCCCCUCCACACCCCCGAGGGCAUCACGCUGACUGAGAGAGCCCAUCACCACUGCCCUCGCUGUGCCCCCUCCACACCCCCCGAGGGCAUCACACUGACUGAGAGAGCCCAACACCACUGCCCUCGCUGUGCCCCCUCCACACCCCCCGAGGGCAUCACACUGACUGAGAGAGCCCAACACCACUGCCCUCGCUGUGCCCCUCCACACCCCCCGAGGGCAUCAGAAAUAACGCUGUGCUUCGGAUGCAUCAGAUUCUGGGGUCUUCUCAAUUCAUGUAAACAGAGGCAUUCGUUUUCUUCUGUGCGUUUACCUUUUAACAUGAGGUUUGCAAUCGCUCAAAGUGGUUCUCUUGAGUGACUUGCUCAGGGUCCCACACAGGGAGUCAGUGGCUGAGCUGGGAUUUAACUGGGAACCUCCUGGUAACAAGCCUCUUUCUCUAACCGCUGGACCACCGAGCCUCCUCUAUAAAUCAACAGAGUUCUGAAGCUAUGGAAAGAGAGAGGAGCCCCCUGCAGCUGCUGUGCUGUUCUACAUGUCCGAGUGGUGCCUGCGUCAGAAACGCUGUGGAUUUCUGAUACCUCCGCUAGGUAUUGGGGUCUCCACAGAUCUGAAUGGAGAUCUUAAUACCAGUGCCCUUCAAAUCCUUCCAAGAAGUGGACUGAGAGAAAACCAACAGUGUGUGUGUGCGUGCGUGUGUGCGUGCGUGCGUGCAUGCGUGUCUCUCUGGUGUGUUUUUGUCUUUAAAAGAAACUAGAAGAGCAGGUCCUGUUAAUAUUGAAACAGUGGCUGCAUUUAGCAGACAAGUUUCGGUUUAUUUUCCUAAAUGUGUAGACUUGAGGAUUGAACACGUUUCAAACUUUAAAAUAUUGAGAAUGUUUCUAACUAAUCAGAAAAGCCAUCAUGAGAAACCGUCACUUCUUUUUAUAGAUUACUGCAUCAUGUAUGUAUGUGUAAGACAAUGUGUGGAGCAUUUCAUUGUAUACGGAAAAGAAUGUGAACAAGUAUUGAAUAUGAAGUAAUUCAGUCCACUGUAACCUUUACUGCUUUGCAAACGCAUUUGGCCGGCCUGUUCAGGUGAAAUUCUAAACAUUGAACCUAUGUAGGCUUUAAACAGUUCCACUUAGUAUUAGCAUCCUUAGCACUGUGUUUCAGCCUCUAGCCACCGUUCAGAAUAGAAACUCACACGAGUCCUGCACCCAGGUCUGGGUUAAAGCCCUCCCUUCAGUUAUCGUGUGUCCUGUUUGUAUCCAUGAUAAAUAUCCCAGUCGUGUUGCUUUGAUAACAUAAAGAGAGCUGUUUGUAACGCCUGCUGUGUGUGAAUGGCAGUCUUGUGUUUUGUGUAGGGAGCAGGAAUGCCGUGAUGAUCCGUUCAGUGCAGAUUGAACCAGGGGCCUGAUCGCUCCCGUUCCUGUGCUUCUGGUCAUUUCAGCAAUAUCCCUUUGGUACCAUGUUCCGGUUCUUAUCUAGGUCUUUUGUAAUGCUCUUUUAAAAGCCUUGGCCGGGCAAAUUCUCGUACCCCAUAAAGUUCAUGCAAGCAGUUAGAAGAAAUCCUAAAACAUUACAUUAAAAAGUCUUGACCGAAGGCUAUGUUUUAGUACACGGGGGAGUUCUGUAACGCAGGGCUCGUGUGAGUUUCUAUCCCUCUGCUCCCUUUCAAACCACUGGGACUCCUGCAAACUGCCACUGAUCCCUCAAUCACCCUUAAAGACCCCUCUGUGUAACAUACCUCCGCUCUCUCUCUGCCGGUGUCAUCCCGUGCAUCAAGGAUAAUCGUCUCUCUGCUGUCCUGCACCCUUUAAACUGAUCAAAUCAUCUUUCACCCCCUUGUGAUUGCUCUCUCAGUUGCAGGUACUUACAGCAGUGUGGGGGCAGGAAAGUGCCCACGCUACCCUGCUCGCUAUCCAGCCACUGGACAGCAGAACAGCCUGCUCUGGAAAAACGUCCCUGUAGUCUGCUGUCCUACCUCCUCUUUUAACGGACUGACAAUCUGAUACAUUCAUUUAGCAGCUCUCUCCUGCAGUGCUGGGCUUUUAUUUGGAGACACAGCGAUUGGAAUCCCAAAGGCUGCUGGGAGUUCCCAGUCGCUGUGUCUCCGGUCAGGGAUCAUAAGCGAAGCACGGGACACAGUUAGAACCAUUCCCGCCAUGUAGAAAGAAUUUUUUUGUUGCUCUAAACUUUCAGAAAUCAAAGCUUUCAAGGAUUCUGGACUUUGAGUAGCAUGGCAUUGAUUCAUUCAUGGACAAAAUGGAUUUGUUAACUGGAAGUCCUUCAACCUGUGUUUAAAAUGCAUUCUGACACUACAUCGAAAAAAAAUCUGUUUUUUUUUUUUUUUUUGUCGAUUUUGUUUGUAUGCUUGUUAAAAACGUGAUUUGAUUUAAUUUUCUUAAAAGGUACGUCCAUUUCAAGUUGUUUAGUUAGAGGGAAAUCGACCCAUUUCAUAUUGAUAUGAAGCUGCUUUCAAGUACUGAUACAUAACCUAGUGUAAUGUAGCAUACCAGGUGUAUACUAACUUACUCGCUGUAGCGUAGAGUCUAAAGUACUAGACUGUUGUACUAGAGACAGUAUUUUUCUGCUCAGGUUACUGUAUAUUUGUAGUGCACUCAGGAACUCACAUCUUCAUGAUGGCAUAUUCUUAGAAUGGGCGGGGCAGGUGAUGUCAUAUUCUUAUUGUGAAAUAUCCACUACCUUCCUUUGCAAGUGAAAUGCAGUGUUGAAAUUGAAAUACAUAACGCUCUCUGUUCACAAGUCAUGAAGUCGCUUCAGAUUUCAUGUUCUUCUCUUUGCAAUCAUUCCCAAGUCGUUCUUAUUGAAAACACUCAGAUACCGUGUAUAACACGUUCACUAAGUACUUUAAAUAAUUACCCAGCAUUAAUUAAAAACGUCUAAUUAUGAUUAGUAUUAUUAUUUAAUAAUAGCGGAAACCAGACUGAUUCAAACAUUAGCAUCUUACUGGCUCUCCGUCCUUUUGCAAUAAUUGGAUCUGAUGUCUUUAAGCAGACAGAAUACCACACAGGGUUAAACAUGAGCCUUCUCUGUGCAAAACGAUUCAUUCAGAGCUACACAAUCCGUCCACCGUCGUCCUUCAGACAGUUUGAGGGAAGCCUGGGUACUGUAAUUUGUCUGAAAUCUGUAUAAUAUUUAGAUCAGUGUUAGUUAAAGAUCUCUCUUUCACAACUGACCCUUUGCCUUAAAACUGGUGUUCGUACUGCCUUUGAUUGUAACAGUACUGUUAGUGGGAGGCUCUUAUACUCUCGUAACAGCCUCCCUCUGCUCCGUGCUGGUGGAGAAGGAGAAAGGGAGGCUCUUUCACUCUCGUAACAGCCUCCCUCUGCUCUGUGCUGGUGGAGAAGGAGAAAGGGAGGCUCUUCCACUCUCGUAACAGCCUCCCUCUGCUCUGUGCUGGUGGAGAAGGAGAAAGGGAGGCUCUUCCACGCUCGUAACAGCCGCCCUCUGCUGGUGAAGGAGAAAGGGAGGCUCUUCCACUCUCGUAACAGCCGCCCUCUGUUGUUGGUGGACCCUUGUCUUUUAAUAGUGUUGUCAGACUCAUGUACACCAGUGGUAUUUAUUGGGUGUGUAAGAAGAUCACAAAGUCCCUCUACGUGAUGUAUUGGGAUCACUGUACGAUGCACAUGGCUUUAAUAUGUGCUGCUUGGUGUGAUGUGAGAUGACAGAAAAGUGAUCAUGUAUAACAAACUCAUUAUUGGUGCUUUCGAUCUUCACAACCUAAUGAGUUAGUAACUUAAAACUGACAUGUGCCUGGCGUCCCUAGAUCAGCCAAAGGGUCUUUAUAGUGUGCUAGCGCCAUCUAGUGCACAGCUAACGCACUGACAGCAAAACAAAAGAAUGUCGUAAUACUAGAUGGUCCCAGCCCUUAUCAAGUUGCAUAAAUCAAGCAGCUGGAACUGCAGAGCUGCUCCUGAAAUCACUGUAACCCAGAUUUAUACAAAUAAUAAUAAUAAUAAUAAUAAUAAUAAUAAUAAUAAUAACAAUAAUAAUGAAACACUCAGAGUAAUGGCAAUUCUAACUAAAUGAGUCCAAUAAGGGGUCAGUAUAGAAAGCUUCAGAGAUGGUACUGUACAGAGGCAUGAACCCUGUAAUAAGCAAAGAGAUCUUGUAUCAUUUAAUAUUAAAUAAUGAUAAGAUAAUAAAAUGGUUUAGAAUGGGA